GGCGGCGGGCGGCGGCAGCGAUGGCCGCGCCCCGGGCGGCGCCGGCGGCGGCCGCGAGUCAGCUGUGGAGGCGACUCUGGAGGCACCCCGCCUGCGCCAGCGGCCUGCUGGCGGUGCUGUGCUACAUCAACACGCUGCAGGCAGACUUCGUCUACGAUGACACGCGCGCGAUCGUCACAAACGGCGACGUGCGCGGCACGACCCCGCUGACCGCCCUGCUGCGGCACGACUUCUGGGGCACGCCGCUCGAGCACGCCGGCUCGCACGGCUCGUACCGGCCGCUGACCGUGCUCACGUUCCGCGUGACGCACGCGCUGGUGGGGCUGCGGCCGGCCGCCUAUCACGCCACCAGCGUGCUGUUGCACGCGGCGUGCAGCGCGCUGGUGGCCGAGACGGCCGCCGGGCUGUCGGCCGGCCGGCGCGCGGCGCUCCUCUCCGGCGCCCUGUUCGCCGUCCAUCCGGUACAUGCCGAGGCAGUGGCCGGUCUGGUGGGCCGCGCAGACCUGCUGGCGCUCCUCUUCACCCUCUGCUCGCUGCUCAGCUACGCACGGCAGGCGCGGGCCCGGCGCGCGGCCGGCGGCUGGGGCUCCCCCGAGCGGCGGUGGCUGGCCGCCGCGCUCGGCUCUGCCGUGCUGGCCGUGCUCUGUAAGGAGCAGGGUAUCGCGGCGCUGCCCCUCUGUCUGCUGUACGACGUCUGGGUGAACAGCAGGAUCAGCCUGACGGCGCUCAUCACCAGCAGACUGCAGGACAAGCGGCUGCAGCGGCUGCGCCAGUGCUGCGCGCUGGUGGCGCUGGCCUGCUGCGCGCUGCUGACCGCGCGCCUGUCCCUGCUGCGCGGCCGGCUGCCCUGGUUCUCGGCCGCUGAUAACCCGGUGGCGUCGUGCGACAGCCGUCUGAGCCGGGCACUGACCCUGCUGCACCUGCCGGUGGUCUCUGCCGGUCUGCUGCUGCUGCCCAGCCAGCUCAGCUACGACUGGGCCGAGACGGCCGUGCCGCUCAUCACACAGUUGGGCGAUCUCAGGAACGUCGUCUCGGCCGUGUUUUAUGUCGGCCUGGCGGUCAUGUUUUACGCAGCGUGUCAUCCUUUUUCUGACACCAGUUCAGCUAGCAGCAGCAUCAACGUCAACCACAACAACAACACCGUAAAGAGAACGGCAGACACGGGCGCAGACAACCCGGGCCGAGCGUCUCUGCUGUUCGCGCUCAGUUUCGCCGUGCUCAUGUUUCUUCCUGCCAGCAAUCUGUUCUUCUACGUGGGCUUUCUGGUGGCGGAGCGGGCCCUGUACGCCCCCUCAGUGGGGUUCUGUCUGCUGGUGGGCGCCGGACUGGCUCUGGCGGAGUCCCGCUGGCGCCGGAUAGGGCCCACACUCAGUGUGCUGCUUCUGGCCGUGCUGGCGGCGAGAACUGUGGUCAGAAACCAGGACUGGCGAGACGACAGGGCCCUCUACACCGCUGGCAUCCGACACUCACCGGCCAAAUCGCUGGGCAACCUGGCCACCAUUCUGGCUAGCCAGGGUCGUCUGGAGCAGGCGGAGAGGGCUUACCGGGCGGCGCUCUCGGUCCGAGGGAACAUGGCAGACGUCCACUAUAACCUAGGAAACCUUUUAUACUCGCAAGGAAAGUACCGUCAGUCAGCAGCCUGCUACCAAGAUGCGGUCGGAUAUCGACGACAAUUUGCUCAAGCCUACCUCAAUUUGGCUCACGCCCAUCUGAAGCUAGGCCAGUCUGUGUUGGCUCGACAAGUGCUGCUGGCCUGUCGUGAUCUGCACGGGUCGCGAAUACGUGACCCCCGGUCACACACCUCAGCCAAGGUCGGCUGUCUGGUGGAGCUCGGUCGGCUGUACGCGGAGGAGGACAAGGACCCACCGCUGGCCCUCAAACAGUACCUCCUGGCACUCGGUCUUGCUCCCGAAGGCUACAACAAGGAGACCAUCUAUAACCUGAUCGGAGAGGCUCAGUACCGCAUGGCAAACUACGAGGAAGCCGAGAGCUGGUUCAAGAAGGCGCUGGAAAUCCAGCCCGCCAUGGUGCACGCUCACCUGUUCUACGGAAAAAUGCUCGCCAAAAAUAAAACUCGCGUAGACGAGGCAGAGGGCUGGUUUCACCGAGCGCAAACAACAGCGCCGAACAACUAUGUUGUCUACCUUCAUUACGGCCAGUUCCUGUAUGAGACGGGCCGGCUGCGCGAGGCAGCUGCUGUGUAUGUGCGCGGCACUGAGCUGGCGCCCAGCGAGUAUGACCUGACCUUCAACCUGGCUAACGUGUACCGCGAGUUGGGACGCUACCAGCAGGCCGAGGACUUCUACCGGCGAGCGGCGCGCAUCCGACCCGAGGACGUGCAAAGCCACCGUAACCUGGGCGCCAUUCUGCACCUAACCGGCCAGCUGCGGGAGGCCGAGGCCGCCUACCUGACCGCGCUGCGUCUCAGUCCCGGUGAUCACGUGACCGAGGUCAACCUGGAGCGUCUCUACAACGUCAUGGAGAGGCACGACCUGCAGCCAAGAGACGCGACCCCUGAGCGACGUGAACGCAGAGCGCGGUCAGCCGCCAACGGCACAUGACCUCGGCCCUGACCGCGGCCUUGGGCUGUUGUCGAUCGGGCGACGGGCCAGCGACGAUAGAGGGAGGGAGAUGCGGUCCAGCAGCUCCCUCGCCCCGCCGACCGAUCUCUGGCGUCACACGGUCGAGAGUUAUACGUUGAAUCCUGCAUUCCUGGCUCAUUGUUGUGCCUGAUACCGAGGGCGAGAGGUGGAGCUACCGACCAGCCCCACCGGAUCGCCACUAUGAUCUCAGAAUGAACGCGUUGUUUGUCGAUCAGUAUUGCCCUCCCGGUUGAGAGCGACGUGAAAUCGACCGCACACAGAGAGAGUGUUGAUCUUGUUCCCCAUAUCUAAUGUGAUGAUCGUAUCGGACGGUGGAUAACUAUUUUAUCAACGUGUUGUUCUUGCAAUGUAAUACAUCUAUUGAUGGUU